GCAUUAAAUCGCUUUGUGGCGAGUUGCUAGUUUGUUGAAGCUCUUACUUUAAUGUUGAAAGAGAAAGAUUUUCUUCGUUCAGAAGUGAAAGGAUCUGAAACAAAGGUAUUUGGUUAACAAAGAGAUCGAAACAAUCAAGUCAACUUGUUAUGUUUUUUUUUUGCCGUGCACAAUAACUCCAACGAAAGCAGAAAAUCAAGUUCUCCGUAGGCCAGAAAUUUUCUGUAAUUUCCAAGUAAUGAAUUGUCUGCUAAAAAGCUUGAAUUCUCAAAGACAAUCGAAUAUACUUUGUGAUGUGGUAUUGGUAGUAAAAAAUCAAGAGUUUCCCGCCCAUAAAGGCAUUCUGGCAGCGAAUAGUAACUAUUUUAUGGCGAUGUUCACGACGAACAUGGUGGAGAAAAUACAAACUCGAAUAGACUUGAAAGAAAUGGACCCUCUGGCUAUUAAAUCUAUUUUGGAUUUUAUUUACACUGGAGAAUUGAAAAUAGACGAAAGAAAUGUUCGGGUUUUAUUAGAAGCUUCGAAUUUUCUUUUUAUUUCUGCUGUCAAAGAUGCUUGUUGUCAUUAUUUGGGAAGCGUUCUUGAAGCAGAUAAUUGCUUGACGAUAAUGUCUAUCGCAGAUGAAUUUUUCUGCGAGAAACUUCAUCACAAAGCUUUAAAUUUAUUUUACAAGGAAUUUUUAACCAUAGCGAAACAUGAAGACUUUAUGAAUUUAAAUGUGGAUGAGAUGAUAGUGCUGCUGUCAAGCGAUGAAGUACGCGUCGAGAGUGAAGAUCAGAUGUUUGAAGUUCUUGCCAACUGGAUAUCAUACGAUUUGAAAGAAAGAAAGAAGCAUCUUGCACGACUUAUGCCAUUAGUUCGCCUGGAUUUCAUUGAACCAGGACUUUUAGAAAAUAACUUAAUGUAUAACGAAAUUGCAAAAGAUAUUUGUACUAGAUAUUCUAGAGAAAUGUAUGGACGCUUAGAGCCUGCAAAUCCAAGGAAAUCUUACAGUAGUGUAGAUGCCAUCUUGGUCAUCGGUGGUGUAGAUGAAACGAGGAUUUUGGAAACUGUUUCUUGUUAUAUUCCUUGUGUAAACAAAUGGUGUGAGCUUGGAAAGAUGAAUGUACCACGUUGGAGGCUGAACGUUACAAAGGCAGACUCGACAGUCUUCGCGGUCGGUGGUCUUCAAGAAGUUUCAACAACUCAAAAAGAAGUACCAUACAUGGAAAGAUACGACCAUAAAACCGAUCAAUGGGAAGUCUACCCCACUCCAAACCUCCCUUUUCCAGUCGACUGCAGUUUUUAUAAUGCCGUGGGGCUUGGUAGCGAAGUUAUUUUUAUCCAAAGUCUUGACUCAACUCAGCAGUAUCCGAGAUCGAGUGUAAUAAGCUUAAAGGAAACAAACGGGGAGCAUGUUUUUGCUCCUUUGGCGGCAAUUCCACGUAGACGUGCUGGUCAUUGUAUUGCUGCGCUUUCCGAUCACGUGUACGUCAUUGGAGGCUCGUUCCAGGCCAUUAGUAACGGUAGUCCUCUCGGUGAAAAUGCCGUCGACAGAUAUGACAGAGAGUCAGAUUCUUGGAGUACAGUGACACCAAUGAAUCAGCAAAGGUGUGACGCUGUAUCUGUUUCUUCCAAUGGUAAAAUCUUUGUAUUCGGUGGUUGCCAUGGCACUCAAGCAUUACGUUCAGCCGAAGUUUAUGACCCCGAAACUAAUCAUUGGACAUCUAUUGCGCCAAUGAGCACAUCACGAAUCAAUGCUGGAAUCGCAGAGCACUCUGGGAAGAUUUGGAUAAUCGGUGGGAAGAGCGGUCCAAGAGGGCCUAUACUUAGUUCUAUUGAGUGCUACGAUCCGUCCGCUGAUGAAUGGACCAAUGGUGCUUCUCUUCCUGAUAAAAGACAAGACUUUGUGUGCUGCAUGACAGGGGUCGCUUAUAGGACUGUCGCUUCAAUGAUAGAGGAACAAGAAUAGAAUAGGAUACUUUAUUUAACGUGGAACACAUACGCUUAGCUAUAUACUAGCUAGUUUACAGGUAGUCCACCUAAUGAUUAAUACAAAAAACGUACAUUGUAUAAGAGAUAUACGAUAAAAUACCAAUUGUUAUAAAGUUAAAUUACCGACAUGGAUUUUUUUAAAAAACACUUUCAUUCAAAGCAAGCUGGCUGUACAUAUUUAAGAGUGUUAAAAGAGACAAAUAUGUCUGCCUAAUUGAUUAAAGCUGGUAUAUAGCUAUUUCAAAAAACGUUAAAGGGGCGAACGGCAAAUGGCGAUCAAUGAUUAGCGAUUGUCGACCGAAAGGUGCAGUAGGCAUGCAUCUAAACAAGAUUAAUCGAGGUGUUUUAAUUGGUUUCUCGACUACUACUCAAACAACAACAUCUGUGUUAUUGGCAAGAAUAACAAGAAAUUUAAGUCAUUCUUUCUAGCUAUUCUUGCAUCUUGAUAUGACCUAUCUCUUAUCACUUAUAACCUAUCGCUUGUUACCUAUCGCCGUUCGCCACUUUAACCUUUUUUGAAAUAGCUGUAUUUAGUAUAUUUAUAUGCCAACGAUAAAAUUUUGCGAGCUGUCAUUGGUUCAGAUCGGUCACUUGCAGGAUGGAUGUCAAACGAUAUCCUCUGCCCGAAGCGAUCUCCGUUCAGUGAAAAAAUAAUUCCACAUCACAUACGCGCUGAAAGGGCACAUGGAACCCAAUAUGUAGUUCGUUGUAAAAUCUCAGUAUCUACGAGUUGGCCAUGCACAUGAGAUAUUUAAUUUAGGUUGUGUCAGUAGAUGGGAUACUUAUGGGAUACUCGCAGUCCAGGUGAUUGAGAGAGACUAGGGUUAACUAAGUACGUCAUAGGUUUCCGAACACACGAGUGGGACUUUUGGAAAUUUUGGUUCUCUUCACUUAGAAAAAAAAAUUGAGUGAAGACACCCAAGAACCCUAACCACUAGACCACGAAGCGAAUUCCCUUGGGUGGUCUCAUUUUUUAGUCAUAUUUAAAUACAUAAAUAUUUAUAGUAGCUUAAUUUAUGCUAUCUUAGGGUACGACUACUAGCCGACUGAAUAAAAUCCCCUGACUAUACUCUCCCUAGUCUCUCAAUCACCUGGACUGCGAGUAUCCCAUCUAGACACAACAACCUUUAAUUUUUCACAACAACUUACAACUUUCGCGCGCUAAUUGGUUUAUUUUUAUCAUCAAUAAAAGGACAGACAGAUAAAGCUGAA